GGGGCCUGGCCCAGCCCUGGGGAGGGGGCGGGGCGGGGAGCCCUAUAAUAGGGCCAGUCUGGGAACCGAGAUCCCUGUUCUGCCCCUGGAGGAGAGGAACUUGGACCACUGACUGGCCAAUAGCAGGUGGAAAGAUGAAGAUUCUGUGGGCUGUGUUGGUGGUCACAUUGCUGGCAGGAUGCCAGGCAGAGCUGGAGCCAGAGCUGGAGCCGGAGGUGCCUGAGCGCUCGCCAUGGCAGGCGGGCCAGCCCUGGGAGCAGGCGCUCAGCCGCUUCUGGGAUUACCUGCGCUGGGUGCAGACUCUGUCCGACCAGGUGCAGGAGGAACUGCUCAGCUCCCAGGUCACCCAGGAACUGACGGCGCUGAUGGAGGAGACCAUGAAGGAAGUAAAGGCGUACAAAUCCGAGGUGGAAAGCCAGCUGAGCCCCAUGGCGGUGGAGACCCAGGCCCGGCUGAACAAGGAGCUGCAGGCGGCCCAGGCCCGGCUGGAGGCGGACAUGGAAGACGUGCGCACGCGGCUGGCACAGUACCGCACCGAGGUGCAGACCAUGCUGGGCCAGAGCACGGAGGAGAUGCGGGCACGCCUGGCCUCGCACCUGCGCAAGCUCCGCAAGCGGCUGAGCCGCGACGCCGAGGACCUGCAGAAGCGCUUGGCUGUGUACGGGGCCGGGGCCCGCGAGGGCGCCGAACGCGGGGUCAGCGCCAUCCGCGAGCGGCUGGGGCCGCUGGUGGAGCAGGGCCGCGUGCGAGCCGCCGGCCUGGACGCCGGUGCUGCUCAGCCGCUGCGCGACCGAGCCCAGGCCCUGGGCACCCGGCUGCGAGGCCGGCUGGAGGAGGUGAGCAGCCAGGCCCGCGAUCGCCUGGAAGAGGUCCGCGUGCAGAUGGAGGAGGUCCGCGCCAAGGUGGAGCAGCAGGCCGAGGCCUUCCAGUCCCGCCUCAAGAGCUGGUUCGAGCCCCUUGUGGAAGAUAUGCAGCGCCAGUGGGCCGAGCUGGUGGAGAAGAUGCAGGCCGCUCUGGGCACCAACGCCGUCCCAGUGCCCGCCAUAGACAACCACUGAUCCAGCCCUCCAUCCAUCCACCCAUCACCCCGCAAACCACCCCAUGGAGGGCACCUCCCUGUCCCCCUCCCCUGGCUCUUCUUUGCUCUGGGUCUGUAAGAGGCCCCUGGCCCCAGCCUGGCAUAAUAAAGAGUAUUCAAGCUACAUAG